UUAUGUCCUCAUUACACAAACAGUACUCAACUAUCUUUAGAUCCGAUGGAGUCAUCACCACCAGCAACCAAGGCAGCGAGAGGUGGAAGAAGAGGAGGAGACCGCAAGAAGAGCGUCUCCAAGUCCGUCAAAGCCGGUCUCCAGUUCCCCGUCGGCCGCAUCGCUCGUUACCUAAAGAAAGGCCGUUACGCGAUCAGGUACGGCUCCGGCGCUCCGGUCUACCUCGCCGCCGUUCUCGAGUACCUCGCCGCCGAGGUUCUUGAGCUAGCUGGGAACGCGGCGAGGGAUAACAAGAAGAACAGGAUAAACCCGAGGCAUCUUUGUUUGGCGAUAAGGAACGAUGAGGAGCUGGGGAAGCUGUUGCACGGUGUGACGAUAGCGAGUGGGGGUGUGCUUCCGAAUAUCAACCCGGUUCUGCUUCCUAAGAGGACUACUGGUUCGUCUCACGGUGAGAAAGAGAAAGCUUCUUCGCCGGCUAAGAAGUCUCCCAAGAAGGGUUGAAAACGGUGUCGCUUUGUUUUGUUUAGGGUUUCUCUUUAAUGUUUGGUUUGUGAAACCUAUUGAAGAUUUAUGUUUUUAUACAUUUGUAAUGAAGGAACUAAUUUCUCUGGGUAUGUUUCUGAGUUUCUGUCUAAUCGAAUAAAAAAAAUAAAAUAUCUUUCUGGAUCUCA